AAGCGCAACAAACAGUAUACUUUUUCGCCGUUAACAGUUCAGGUCGUUAAUUUUACCACCAUUUUCACGCCGUCGAAAAUACGUUUACGUUUACGUAACUCUAUACGCGUCGUAUACUUUUGGUAAAUUUUUCAUCGUCUAUCGUCGCCGCGCUGUCUCAUUUUUUUUCGCGCCAAUUUUCGUUCUUCUACUUCUAUCGUAGUCGUUGUGAAUAAUUCGCACGUUUGUCUGGUUUUUUGUUGGUUUUUUUUUUCUCGCUUUCUCGGUUUUGUCGUCGGUGUUCAAAAAUUAACCAAUCUUGUUUACUCGCGAAUUUCGUAUUGGUGAAACUUGAUGGAAAAUUUCUGCCGACGGUUUCGUGGUUCGUUGAAGCUACGCAGAUAUAGCCGGUAGUAGAAUACGCGGUGUUCGAAAAUGACGAUUAGUUUUGGUUGAAAAUUUGGUGUUUUCGUUGCUGGAUUUAGUUUUAAUGCUUCCAUCAAUGUGGUGAACGAUGAAAAAAUGUGAUGAUCUUAGCAACUCGUAGCCGGCUGCAAUUCCUUCCGAAUUAUGAAGUUUAUCAAACUGAAAAGUGGAAUUCUAACGGCUUUCUUUUUCCUAUCAAACGCAAUUACCGAAAUAGUCUCGAAAAUAUCUGAAAGUGCCGCAGUAGAUGGAGUAAACGUGAACGUGAACGCGGAUAAAGAGCCGGAAUUCAGCGCGCCAAUUAAAAAUAUUACCGUACCUUUGGGACGCGAAGCGGUGUUAACUUGUUCCGUUACAGAUUUAGGAAAUUACAAGGUGGGAUGGAUGAAAGCUGAGGACCAGACUAUUCUCACUUUACAUAAUCGUGUCGUUACUCAUAACGGCCGAGUAAGCGUAACUCACGAUAACUUCAAAGUAUGGCAAUUGCAUAUUAGACAAAUACGUAAAGAAGACAAAGGGUGUUAUAUGUGUCAAAUAAAUACCAGUAUAAUGAAAAAGCAAUUAGGAUGUAUCGAUGUUCACGUACCGCCAGACAUCAGUGAUGAAAAGACAGUAUCCGAUGUGACGGUCAGAGAAGGCGAAAAUGCAACACUAAGAUGCAAAGCAAUGGGCCACCCUAUCCCAAGAAUCAUCUGGAAACGCGAAGACGGAGAAAAUAUAAUUUUGAAAAAAUCGUCUCGCGAAUCCGAAUCAGUCGAGACGUUCAACGGCGAGGCGCUACAUUUGUUGAAAUUAGACCGUCGUCAAAUGGGGUCUUAUCUGUGUAUAGCUUCGAAUGAUGUGCCGCCAGCAGUUAGCAAACGUAUAACGCUACAUGUAAACUUCGUUCCUGUGAUAAAAGUUCCAAAUGAAUUGGUAGGUGCACCGUUAGGUACCGAUGUUACGUUGGAAUGCAUCGUUGAAGCGUUCCCAUAUACCAUUAAUUAUUGGGUUAAGACGACGGAGAAUAGAAUUCUGCAAGGGAAAAAACACAACGUAGAAGAGAGUAGAAAUUCAUACAAAGUUCAUCUCAAGCUGACAGUUCGCCAGCUGAUGGAAAGCGAUCUCGGGACGUAUAUGUGCGUAGCGACGAAUUCGUUAGGAAGAGCUGACGGCACAGUUCGAGUAUACGAAAUCAAAAUUCCAACCACUACGCCAACUACCACGACAACCACUACAGAAGCCACAACGACCAAAACGACGACGACGACUACGAGAAAGCCUACCACUACCAAAUUUAUAAUACCGACGACUUAUCCACCUCGUAAAAACAGUUACAAUGAAAAAUACCAGAAAAAUUCGCGAGUAUCUGACGACAUCGUGAAAAAUGCAAUAUCGCUGACCGAUGGUUCACAUUCCAAGAAUUCAAUGGCCGAUUUCAAAUUGGUCAAUCAUUCGGCCAGGAUUACCUUUCGUACCAGUUUUAUUUUCGCUUCGUUAUUAUUUGUUAUAUCAGCGGCCAGAUGAUUAGAACUGUAAAUUAAUGCUUUACCGUCCGUUUUGACGUGUUUUUUUGUUCUCCUCCUAUUCUAUUUUUUUUAUAUUCGUAUAUAAAUUGUACAUACAUAAACUUUAUUAUACAUGUUUACAGCUAUACAUAUAAUUAAGUGCAACUGUUCAAAAAAAAAGAAAAAAAACGAAAAAAAACGCAGUAUUAUACCGCGGAGUUGAAUGUAAUCGACAAUAGUUCAAUGAAAAAAUCAAACGAACAAACAAACAAGUACCUAAAUGUUAACUUUUUAUGCAUAUCAUUUUCACAGAGAGAGAUAAAAUUUCAGUCGGUUUUUUUCGUUUUUAUACGAUACAUGUAAAAUAGGUAUAUCCGAUUUUGUUUCAUUUUUUUUGUACCUAUUUUAAUAAAAAAAAUCCAAGUACAUACCUAACUACAUUUUUUAAAACACCGAUUGUUCGUUCGAACUAGUACAUAUUAUUAUACGUUUAUACGAUGAAAGAAAUAAAAUAACAACAUUUGUAACAUAUCUAGAAAAAAAAUGAUUUUUACUCAAUUUUUUUUGUAUGUUAGUGAUAUCCAAAGUGAGGAUUGUGAUUAAUAAACCAAAACCUUUUGUUGUAAUUUAAUCGACGGUAUUUUGCUUAUAUAGUAUUGUUAUUUUCUAUUAUUGUAUAGAAUGUUUACAUUUUUUUAAAAUGCAAAAAUUGUAACGCGAAUCUAUAUUUGUGGCAGGGUAUGUGGAAAGGGAGCUUAGAGGCAGAAUGCUGUUUUUAAAAAAAAUGAAAUUAGGGUACUGGAACAUCUUUUUUUUCAUCCAAUUUUGAGUUGAAGCUCUUCAGAAAUGUUAAAAAUAUAUUUAUGUUCAAAUAUUUGAAUUUAUAUGGAGAUUUUAAUCAACUUUGACAGGUCACAGGAUAUUUUUUCAGAAAUCUCAAAAACGGCGAUCCAAUUAUUUUGGGCUCAAAAAUCUCAUGAGAUACUAAAAAAACAUUUUCGUCGCGAAAUUUGCAUUUUUUGCGAAUUUUUUUACACAAUUUGUCAAGUUGUAUUGCACUUUUUCAAGAAUCUCAGAAAACAUGAAUCAGUUUUGAGCUAAAAAAUCUUGGGAGAUGCUUUGAAAAAAAAAAUUGAUCGAGCUAUUUGAUUUUUUCGCGAAUGUUUUGCCCAUUUCGAUAGGUUGAGUGACAUUUUUUUAAAUCCCAAAAACUAUAUGAUCCAAUAACUUUUGAACUCGUGAAACAUUCUCGUUGAAAUGAUUGAAUUUUUCAGCAAAUUUUAAUCCAUUUUGAUCGGUUGAAUGACAUCUUUUCAAGAAUCCUCCGAGAUUUUAACUCAUUUUGAUAGGUCGCUCCACACUUUUUGAUAUUUUCAAACGUCAUGGCCAAAUCUUGAGCUAAAAAUGAUUCAGAAAUGCUCAAAAAAUAUUUUGAAUGCAAUAUUUGAAUUUUCCUUUAAAUUUCAACGCAUUUCGAUAGGUCAUAUGACAUUAUUUUUCAAAAAUAUCUGAAAACAUGACCCAAUUUUGGGUUCAAACAUUUUCAGAAAUAUUCAAAAAAUCAUGAUACUGAAAUACUUGAAUUUUUUCAAAAUUUCAACUAAUUUUGAUAGGUCACGUGACAUUUUUUCAAACAUUCCAAAAACGAGAACUCAUUUUUUUUCUGCUAAAAAAUCCACAAAAAUAUUUUUUAAAGCAUAAAAAUGAAAAAAAAUGAUUUAUGAUUGGUCACAUUGCACUUGUCCAAAAAUUCUCGAAAAUAUGGCUCAAUUUUUGGCUCAAAAUUUUCACAAAAUGCUGAAAAACAUUUUGGUAGAAAUAAAUAAUACCUUGGCAAAAUUUUAAAACAUAUUAAAAGGUCGCAUGGAUUUUUUCUCAAUUCCAAGUUAUGGUCCAGUUUUUAAUACUCAAAAAUUCCAAGAAAUCCUCAAAAUUAUUUCUGCCAAAAUAAUUUGAAUUCAUCUCAAAAUUUCAAUCAAUUUUGAUAAAUUACCUGAAAUUUUUUCAAAAAUCACAUACAUGAACCUUUCUUGGGGUAGAAAAUCUUAGAAAGCACUCAAAAAACAUAUUCGUCGAAAUAAUUGAAUUUUAUUUUCGAAAUUUUACCCAUUUGAAUAGCUCGAUUUACACUGGUUCCAAAAUUCUCUAAAAUAUAACCCAGUUUUAGGAUCAAAAAUCUAUAAAAAAAAUAAUCAAUAAAAAUUUCUGUUGAAAAAAUUGGAUAUUUUCGUAAAAUUUCAAUCUAUUUUGAUCGAUUUUUUUACACUUUUUCAAAAAUCUCAUAAAUAUGACCCAAUUUUGGGCUCAAAAUUCUUCUAAUUCAUACAAAAGACAGUUUCGUCACAAUUUUUGAAAUUUUUGUUAAAUUUUAAUCUACUUUGAUAGAUUACAAGAUCACUUUUGAAUAAUUCUACAUACAACACUCCAUUGUUCUCGCUGAGGUUGGUUCGAAAAAAUCAGUAAAUUCAUUAUUACAAAUCAAGCGUUUACAAAGAAUGUUUUACUAAGCCCUUUCCCCUUGAAAAUCGAGAUUCAAUUUUAUUCUCAUUAAAUUCUCUGAAAAUUUUUCUUUCUGACAACAAGCUCCCUUACCACAUGGCCUGCUACAUUUUUGAAAUUUAUGUGUACCCAUUGUACGUAUGUUUGCCAAAAAAACAAGUUAAAUUUAAAUAUAUACAAUGUGUUUACAA